AUGAGGGACAUGCAAGGCGAAACGGAUACACUGCGUCUGGAAGGUGAAAAGAAAUCCGCUGCGCUCCAGACGGAAUGUCAAGGCAGAAGUGAAGAAGCGGAAGCGCGUGCAAUUGUGCUGACCAAGAUGCUGGGGGACGCGCAAGCUCAGCUCAGCUCUAGGAACAGGAAACUGUUGUGUUUGCCCAGUCGGUGGGGACCAGUCGAGUGGGUGACAUCAUCCGCUGGUGGUGGUUUGGAGUGGUCCGGUGACGACGAUGGUGAGUGCAAGAGGUCUCCUUGGGGCUCCCAGGUGUACUCGCGCACUCAUUCCUACGACAGGAAAUAUGCCAUCAUGCAUGCCUGGUGCUUUCCUAAGGGUAAGGCGCGCGCUCACAAGCACCACGACGGCCACCGCCACGCCUGGGGAUUCGCGAUCGUCUGGCUCAGUCGUCCGUCGGCUAAUGGAUCAACCAUCGUGGGUGUGACAACGUCCAUCGGCGGCGACUCACCACGAGGUCCCUCUAGAACCGGAGCGUGUCGUCGGUUCAAGAACUCGACUCCUACUCAACUUACUGGGGAGCCAAGCAGGGGCUUCGAAUCACAUCGAAAGUUGGCGAAAUUCCAAGAUUUGAUCCAGUGGGAGCAGCUCACUGAUGCAGCCCGCGAAGCUGACUUCAACAUCGACGGCGGCAAACCAGCAGUUAAGAUGCCUCUGAAGGCGGACGGAUACCCCUUCUAG